GACAAUUACCAGUGAUAAUUAACGAGUCGAGGUAAAAUGGCAGGUGAGAAACGCAGUCAGGACGUGGGGGAGACAGAACGCACCGAAAAUAUCGUUAUCGUUGACAUCGAGGGAACGACCACUAGCAUCAACUUUGUGAAGGAAACUCUCUUUCCUUACGUUCGUGAACACCUGAAGGACUACGUCGAGAAGAACUGGGAGGAUGCAGAGUUCAAGGAUGACCUUGAAAAGCUGAAGGAACAGGCGAAAAAAGAUGAGACUGAUAAAGUUGAGGGUGUCAUUGUCAUCAACUCUGAAACACCGGAGCAGGAGAAGGAAACACUUGUGAAGAAUGUUCUCUGGCAGAUGGACAAUGAUCGCAAGACCACUGCCCUCAAGCAGCUUCAAGGACACAUGUGGCGAGAGGCAUACAAAUCUGGUGAUGUCAAGGGCCACAUCUACAACGACGUCCCCAAGGCCCUGGAGUCCUGGGCCCCCACGAAGAAAAUCUACAUCUACUCCAGUGGCUCCAUCGAAGCCCAGAAGCUGCUCUUCGCCAACAGUUCACACGGUGAUCUACUCCCCCACAUCACCGACCACUUCGACACCGAAAUUGGCCCUAAGCACUCGUCAUCCAGCUACAAGUCCAUCAUCUCCAAGCUAUCAGUCCUCCCCACUGACGUUCUCUUCCUCACUGACACUCCCACCGAGGCUAAAGCAGCAGUCGAAGCUGGACUCUCCUCAAUCCUGAUAAUUCGUCAAGGAAACGCACCCCUAACCGUCGACGAGAAGAGUUCGUACCCAACAGUCCAUUCAUUCCUGGACAUCACCUUCCAGACUCCCCUAAAACGUCAGAAACUGGAGGAACGAUCUCCCCCGAAAGACGAGGAAAAUGUAUCGACAGAAAAAAAAAUUGAUUCCGACCAAAAACCUGACCCAGAAAAGCCCAAGGAAACAGACCCAAAGGGUCAAGCUGAUCCUGAGGACGUGGAGAUGACAGACGUGAGUGAAAAAGCUCCUGAAGCUGGUGGAAAAAUCGUGGAGACUAAAUCAUCGGCGGAGUCAGAUGUCAGUAAAGUUCCGGUUGCGAAGGCAGAUGAUACCCAGGUACCAGAGAAACCCACGGAGGAGUCCCCAGAGCCCGCAAAACCCGAGAAAAUGGAGGUCGACAAGUCCCUCACUGUAUCACAACCUAAAGACGAUAAAUUAUCACCUGAGAAGCUUCAGGAACUGGACUCCAAGUCUCCAGUGCAGCCAAAUCUCUCAGAUAAACUCGAGGAGAAGCCGGAGGAGUCGAAAACCGACGGUGACGUCGCCAAAGUCGAUCCUGACCGCACCCAAAAGCCUGAACGUGACGUAAAAAAAGGUGAAACUGAUGAUCACAAGGAGGUGAAGGCUCCGGACACGAUGGACGAGGAUAAAGUCCUGGAGAAGGUGGUGGAGACCGUGGAGAAGGUGCAGGAUAAGACUGAGAAGCCUCAGGAAGUCCCCCAGGAGGCGAAGGCCGAUGACAAGGAGAAGUCGGAGGAGGUGAAGCAAAAUGGCCAAUCGAAGGUCGAGGUAUCGAUAGAGGAUACGAAGCUCCUGAAGGCUGAGGUGAACGGUAAAAAGGACGAGGAUCACGUGGAGGGUGUCAAGGAGCCCGAGAAAGACGUCUCCAAGGACGUCAAAGACUCCCAGGACCCCCAGGUCCCCCAGGACAUCAGCGAUAAGGACGUCAAGGACCUCGAGGAGGUUAAGGACCUGGAGAUGGACAAGAGCGAAGAGAAAAAAGUCAAUGGCAAUUCGGAGACUGAGGAUUCCCACAGAACCACCAACAACAGCAACGAAACAUCGAAGAAUGGCGAAAGUUCUGACGAUCAGGACACCAUAAAAACGAAGAAAGUUGUCGAGAGUAUCGUUGAUGGGACAGCACCUGAUGCUGAUGUUGUCCCUGUUGCUGUUGUUGCUGCGACGUCCUAAUUAAUUGAGAUGAAAAUUGACAACAAAUUAAUCCUUCGAUUUUUUAAUAUUAAAAAACAAAGUGACAAA